CUAUAGGGAAAAAAAUUUUCACUACUUAAUUAAACUUUUUAAUUCAAUGUUAUGGUUUUAAAAGUAAAAUGGCAGCCACCAGAAGGUACGAAGAACUCAGUCGUAAAAAAAAUGAAAUUGAAAGCAAUAUUAAAGAAUUUAUGGAUCUUCUACAGUCUCAAAAAGGGGUUGGCUUGAAUGAGCCUUUAGUUGAUUCUGAAGGCUAUCCUAGAUCCGAUAUAGAUGUGUACUCCUGUAGGCAUGCCAGACACCAAAUUUCCUGUCUGCAGAAUGACCACCUGAUUGUAAUGAAAGAGAUAGAAGAGGAACUGGUCAGAAUCCAUCAAGCCGCUAGGGAAUUGAAGUCUAUGGAGUCCGACAUGGACUCUGCCAACAUCAUGAGGGAUGGCAUGGAAGUUGACAGGAUUCCAUUCGCACUUGUGGACAGAGUAGACUCUGGCUCUCCAGCAGCUGAAGGUGGUCUUAUUGUUGGCGAUCAAUUGAUUGAGUUUGGAUCAGUUACUUCAGACAACUUUGUCAAUCUUCAGACAAUCGCUACAGUGUUACAGCAUUCCAAAAAUAAACCAUUGCGUGCUGUUGUGCUACGCGGGGACAGAGCUGUUCAUUUAAAUGUGACGCCAUCUGCUUGGAGUGGACCUGGUUUACUCGGGUGUAACAUUAAACCAUUCAAGUAGCUCACAAAGAAGUUGUUGAUGUGAAGGGUGAAAGUGUACUGAGUGAGUGGGGUGUGUGUGAAAGUGUUCUGAUUGAGUGGGGUGUGUGUGAAAGUGGUCUGAGUGAGUGGGGCACGUGAACCUUUGUAGUAAGCCUGCUUCUUGUUGGGUAUCUCUGGACAGUAUGAAAGUGAUACUGUAUCAAUACUGUAUGAUUGUCUUUUGCUGAUUAAGAAUGAAAAGUGUUUAAACACUGGAAAGGAAUGUUCUAGUUAUUGUGUCUGACAACUAAAUAAUUCAAAGGGGUAGAAAAAAAAAACAUACUUUUUUUUUUGGUGCUAAAAUUGACAGUUUAUCUGGAUACAGAACUUUUCUUUGAUACAGAAAUAAAUAUAUUUCAUUUUGUACAUUUAUUGUCACAUUUGUUCCUCUAACAAAUGAUUUUUUUAUGUUUUUUUAGACUAAUAAAGUGCAACCAAUGCUCCUAACUUCUUCACUUCUUUUAAAAAAACUUUUAUAACAAUAGCUUCUAUUGUUGUCUGGAAACAACUUCAAUCCCUUGAAGUAAUCUUUUCAAUAUGGGUUGUUAAAUCUUGUCUGCUGAAUCAGCUAAGUCAGUGUUCUCCACAGGGAAUGGCCCCUCAUCAAAGAUGUUAGUUAUGAUAUUGUCUAAUUUACACAAAAAAAAGUCUUUGGUGUUUCUGCCAAUUGAUUUCAAAUGCAUCUUGCACAAUAACUGUGGCCACAGCUUAAAAGCUUUGGGGCAGCAUUUGCAUUUAACAUGAAGUUGCUGUGACAUUUUUUACAACUAAAUUGUUUUCAAAAGCAAAUUUAGUUCUAAAAACAAAUUGUCAUCAUCAGCAGCACAGGUUGAACAAGCAAUUAUCCCAUCAUACUCUUUUUUUCUUUAUGAUGAUAUCAUCUUUUAAAAGGACAGCUUUCCCCUUAAUUCUUUGAUGUUCUCUAUCUUUGAUUCUUUUCCUAUUCUCUCUGAAACCUUUACUUGACAAUGGCAACUGCAGGAUUCCUCCUUCAUUUGGCAAUGGUGGCUGCAUGAUCCCUCCUUCAUUUGUCAAUGGCGACUGAAUGCUUCCUCCUUCAUUUGGCAAUGGUGGUUGCAUGGUCCCUCCUUCAUUUUCUUUGAUCAUAACUGUACUUCUAAAUAAUAAAACCAUAUCUUAAGUGCUGGAGCUAUUUGUUUUUUUAAAUCAGAUAACAAGAAUGGUAGUCUUAAUUUGGAUUUAUUAUUCUUUUCAAUCAACUCUGCCUCAAAGAUUUUUGUGAAUGUAAUCAUUACAUCAUAUGUCAAUAUUUCAAAUUUGUAAUUAUUUUUAUACAUCAUUUAUUAUGAAGUACUUGUGUACUAAUUGGGUUAUUUUUAACAUCCUGGUUUAGUAUGAAGCUAAAAAAAAAGAUUUUGGACUAAUAUUUUACUAUACGAAUUUGAUAUCAAACUUCAUUGUGCCUAGAUAAAGCCUUAAGAAGUUAAUAUUUGGAAGGAACAUUUAUGAAUUAGAAGUGCUUGGAUAACACACACAUAAAAAAACAGUUUUGAAAUUGUUGAGUAAAUAAAUGUCAAAAAAGUCUUGCUCCUUCUGAGUACACUAAUGUCUAACUCAUAGUGGUGAAGUAUUUGUUCACAUGUGUUAGAUUUUGUAUCACAUUAUACUGCUUGAUGAUCAUGUAGACUGAUAAAUAAAGUUUAUUCAUUGGUACAA